CAGAAAAAAGAAUAUUAUAAUUACUGGAUGCACUGUAAAGAUGAAUUAUCUAAUACUGAUGUCAGGUCUCCUGGCUACCUUUAUUCAUACUGGUGAUACCACAAAAGCAAACUGUCUUUGUUUUCAAGGAGACUGUCCAAUGGGAUGGUUCCAGUACAGGGAUGCAUGUUAUCAACCUAUGAUGUUCAGAACAUCAUGGAUUAAUGCUGAGGAUACCUGCCAGAGAAACUACUCUGGGGCUCAUUUAGCAUCCAUUCACACUGCAGAAGAAAAUGAUUAUAUUUUUGCAUUAAUGGGAAGCCCUUCCUUUGAUGAAAAGGAAAAAGCAUACUGGAUUGGAUUACAUGACACCUUAAUUGAAGGCAGAUUCAUGUGGACUGACGGAAGUGUGUCAGACUACUUACCUUUUGGAGUGCCUCAGCCAGACAAUCUGGGAAAUGAAGACUAUGUUGGAUCAUGGUAUAUACAAAAUGGUGUUGUUACCUGGAAUGAUUACGGUCCAGGCUGGUCUUUUCCUUUCAUCUGCAAGUUCAGUUUCAACAGAUGCUGUCUAAAUGAAGGAAGAAUCAGAGUUUGAUAACCAUACAUAAGAAAUCCCUCCAUGGACAGCAAAUGAAUUAUUUCAGUAGCUCCUAUCAUAACGUGUAGACCACCAUAUGACUUCACGUGCAUCCAUUGUUCCUAUACUCAUGCAAAAAUUCAUUAGAUGUUACCAUUUUUAUUACUAACAUACUUAGAAGUUUUCAGCUCUGACAGAAUUGUUACCAAAGACAAGAGGUGCUGCAUGCCUUCUGCAUUCUUUGUAACUAAAACAGUUAGUAAACAUUGUUGCUUUGCACAUUCAUUAAAG